AUGUCUUAACCCCCUCCCCCUUAGGUAGGGGCUUCUCCCCAAGAUGGCGGCUCCUGCUUUAAGGGGUUCGGGGGGUGGGGUUACUACCCCUACCGGCUCUCUGGGCUAUUGUCUGGCCCAGCUGCAGAAGGGGACCGAGCCGGGGCUUGGCAAGGCCCUGCUGGCCCUCAGGACCCAACACAUCAAGGAAGCGGGGGGCAUUGCCCGUUUCAGGACCCGUGGGGGGCUGGUGCCCCUCCUGGGGGUCCUGGCCGGCGCCCUGCGGCCGCGGCGCACUUUGGACCUCGCCCUCAGCAUCUUGGGUAAUUGCUGCACCGAGGGGGGCAGCCGAACCCAGGUGCGCGAGCUCGGGGGCAUCCCGCCCCUUGUUACUAUCCUGAAAUCGCUCGCGGCGGAAAGCAUCCAGAAUCGAACGGCACGGGCUCUUGGCAACUUGGCUGUAGACCCUGAGAGCUGCCAGGCCAUCCACGAAGCAGGAGCGGUGCCAGCACUGGUCCAGAUCCUCACCACCUCCCAGGACAGCGAGUGCUUGCAGAGUGCGAUCAGGGCGGUGCGCUACCUGGCUGACACGCCUGCUCAUCGCCUGGUGUUGGCCCAGCAGGGGGCAGUCCGCCCCAUUGCCGAGCGUUUGGCUUCCUCCCUGGAUGACACCGCCCUGGUUGCGGCGGCCGUGCGCGCCCUCCUGGAGCUGACCAAGGGCUGCAGCCGUGACUGUGCCGAGCAGCUCAGCCUGGGGGGUGGGGUGGCGUCCCUGGUGGCCUUGGCCAGCCACGACAAGCGGGCCGUGCGGGAGUCCGCCCUGGCGGCCCUGGCCAACCUCUGCCUGCAGGGCAUGCUGAGGCCAGCGGUGGGCAACGCUGGAGGGGUGGAUAUGCUGGUGGGGGAGAUCCGGCGCCGGCGGGGCGCCGGGGCACCUCUCUAUCCUUUGGUGAAAGCCCUGUGCCUGCUGUGCCGGGAGGCGGUCAAUCGGAGCCGGGUGCGGGAGGCCGGGGGCUUAGAGCUGCUGCUGUCCCUGUUGCGGGACCGAUGCCAAAGCUCCUCCCACGCCCGCGUGGUGUUGGCCUUCGUCGCCUUCUUCUACGACGAGGAGGCCCUGGAGGUGCUGCAGGCCGGAGGGCUGGUGCCCUUGCUGGUUGGGAGGCUGGCAGCGCAGGGCCAGUGGAGAGGCCAGGAGGACGAGGAGGAAGGGGAGGAUGAGCGUGAGGACGAGAGAGAUGCGGCUUCUUUUGACCUCCCUGCCGAGGGGCGGCGCGGGGAGCAGGCCACGCCCGGGGAAGAGUCUUCCAGCUUUCAGCGUCUCAGAUCCUGGCUUCUCUCUGAAGGCUUUAUUGCCAGUCCAGGGGACCUUUCCCCACAGUGGUCUCCUGAUACCACCCUUUCUGAACUGGAUACGCAAGGAAGUGUCAGUCCCCAUCAAGAACUGCAAGACGAUUCCCUGGGGGCCUGCCAUGCGGCGUCUGGCGUCAAAGCCCAGUUUAGGACUGAAUCCCCCGAUUUCUUAAAUUCUCCGUUGUUGGAUUUGUCCGUUGUGGGGCAGCCGAGUGGUUCUGAGGCAGCAAACCCAGCAGAGGGAGAUGGGACGUGUCCAGAGCAGAGUCUCCGCCCGAUGGCAUUACCUGUGUCGGAUGAACCUGAAAGUGUCCAUUCGGAACCUGUCCCAGAAAUGCCAGAUUCAGAUGGGAUCAAAGAGCAAGAAACGGUUGGGACCAGUAAGCAGCAGGAGGCGCUGGUGAGGACAUCACAAGAGGCAAAUUUAGAGGAGGGACUACCUGGCCAGAAUGCAUUAAAGCUGCCGGGUUUAUCAUCUUCAGGGGCAACGGGAAAUUCAGUGAUAACAAAUUCAACAAAAGUAGGUGUCAAGGCGGAACCAUCAACCUGGAUUGCAUUGGUAACAGAUCACAAUGAACCUGGGCCCAGUAACGUGCACUUGGUGCCAACGAUGUUGAUUCCAAGCAAGAGUGACCAAAGCCAGCUGGUACCCAAGCCUGUUGCCAAAUCACCGAUCAUAGAGGAGGGGUGCUCGGUCCCCCAAAAGCUGAGCAUCCAGAUUCUCCCAGGUUCUCCUGAUGAAUACCGGACACCUACCGCUUGCUUGAAACGCCGUGCCAAGUUUCGGUCAACAUCUGAGCAAACUACGCCCCCUCAAGUGUCGCGUCCUGUUGGCGACACCUCAUCCCCAUUGCUCUCUUUGGCUCUGCCUCUCUCCUUCUCUCCCCACGGGGGCGACAGAGAGCUGUAUGCCCCAGAAGCUCCAGCUUUGAUGCUCCUGUCGCGGUUUUCUCAAGCUGAGGAUCCCAGUCGCAGCUUGGUGACACCCGUCACGCUGCAGGGACUUCUGCGCUACGUCACCGGGAGCCCUGCCCCCUCAUCUCGCUGCCUUCGGCUGUUGCACCGCCUCACCUGCAACCCAGCUUGCCUGGAGGCCUUUGUGCGUUCCUGUGGGCCCUCGCUCAUCCGUGCUUGGUUAGUACUGGGCGUGUCGCCUGAGCAGGCUGCCACCGCAGUCACUGCUGAACAGGAAGAGGAGGAGCCAGAAAACCUAGAUGCUGGACAGCAUGACACCAGGAGGUUCAAGGAGCUUGGAGAGUCGCUGCUGAUGAACCUUUGCGUCCAGGCGGAAUCCCGCUUCGGCGAGGGCGUUCUCCAUCACAUGCUGCUGUCGGGCUCCGAAUCGGACCAGGUGGCCUGUGCGCUUGCCGCCCCCCUGAUCUGCAGGAAGGAUUCCCUUUGCCGGAAGCUCCUGCUGGACCACUCCGGCCUGCGUCUCCUGGUCCGAGCCCUGGUGCGGGACCCAGACCCUCACUUGAUCUUCUACGCCUCGGAUUCCCUCUCCCUCCUUCUGGGCUCCCACGUUCAGAGCCCUGCCGGGGUCUCCUCUCCCACCUUGAAGCGGGCCCGCCUGGAUUCCCCGCCGCCCUGCUCUUAUUCCCGUCUUGUGGAGGAAGGCAGGGCCGACUUGCACUUUCAGCUUGAUUCCGGCACCACGGUGCCUGCCUUGCGCCAGGCAGUCAGCGAAGCUUCGGAGGUCUUUUGCGCCAUGCUGAGCGGAGGCUUCUCAGAGGCCUGCCAUACCACAGUGACGCUUCGUGACGUGCCGCCUGACCCCUUCCUGGCUCUUACCCACUUCCUCCAUGGCUGCCGUGGUAAGCCGUGCCCAGUGUUGGGCGUGCCGUUCCCCCUCACUCUAGCCGAAGACAUUUUCAAGGUUGCCGGACAGUAUCUCCUCCCUGAGCUCCAGUCCCUGGUUGAUGACGCUGUAAGCCAGGACUUCCUCUGCCCUGGCACUGUCGGCGAGGUGUACUGCUUGGCUGAACAGCAGAACCGACCCCGCCUGCUUCGGCGGUGUGCCGCGUACCCUCUCCAGGAGGUGGUGAAUCCCACCCGCCGAGCUGCGGUGUUGGCCGAGUUGCUCCGAGCUGCUGGCAAUCCCAGCGGCUUGGUUGAGGAGGUGCUCCAGGUGGUGAUGGAGUCCCCGUGGGGCUCUGGUUCGGAGGGCCAGCUGGGCUGACGGAUGAACACCCUUUUCUCCUCCUGCUCCCGUCUCUCACCUGCAACGGAAGUGUUGAUGUCGUCAAGGAACGCCCCGGUGCUGUGUGGGUGGGAGCGGUAGGGGAAUAAAUGGGGUGAUGCUGAAAGAAGGGCCGUCUGGGUCACUGGAGGGUCCUGUGGUGAGCAGAGGUGCAGCCGCCUCCGGAGUGGAUAAGUGAGCACCCCUCGGUAUAAAGUGAGUUGUGUGUAUAGGGUUGGAGGGGACCACAUGGGGUUGGAGAAGAAGGGGGAGUUGUGAUGUCAGAAAUGCGGGGGUCCCCUACCAGCUCAAAGAAGGGGAGUGGGAGGAGUUAAACGAAGGGCAGAAGAAUCAUGACGAAAUGUGGCUUCCAGUUUUGGUUAGAGGCACCAAAAAAAGCCCCUUUUUUUGGAGGGAGAGUCCAUCUUGUCAAGCCAGCCCUACUGGUUGAAAUUGAAAGUGUGCGUGGAGGUGUGUGUGUGUGUGUGUGUCUUUCUGGUAGUGAGCAUUCCAGGGAGGGCCUCCAUUUUGAAAACAUAGCAUGGCAGAACUCCCCUUCUGAGGGCAACCACUCCAGGAAAUGGACCCCUGACUUAGGGUAUAGAUUUGAAGGGACACUUUCUCCACUGUGUGAGGGGUGGGGGUGGGGCGCUUCCAGGAGGAGACAUUAAACGGGUGUAAAUGUUAUAACUGUGGGAAGCUGGGUCAUUGCUCCCCCACUCCCAAGAAACUGAAGGCUCCCUUCACGCCACCAAGCAGCGGAAGGAACCUGCGGAAGGCCGAGCUGCUCCCCUCCUUUCCAGAAGGAUGGAUGCACGGAGAGGAGGGCGCAUACAGGCUGCUCUUUUUGACGAAGAGAUGCUUGAUUUGGGAGGCUGGGGGUGGGGUGUGGGGUAGGCAGGCGUGGCCCCAUUGACCAAUUGGAACCAUAUUGCAGAUAUGCUAUUAUUGUACAUAGAGAAAUACA